AUGCCAACCGUACUCAUGCGCAGUCAGAACCUCAACCCAAGGCGCCGGCGCAUUUUCACCUUCUGUGACCGCCUCGACAUCCUUCUCUACGGGAUUGGUUUGACCGCGGCAAUUGUAUCAGGCGCUUCCCUUCCAUUGAUGACAAUCAUAUUUGGGAAUUUCACUUCCGAUUUCACCGAGUACGCAUCUGGUCCGGGGUCUGGCUCUUCCGGCCUGGACAGUCCGCAAUCUUUCAGUCACAAAGUCGACACGUUCACGCUCUGGUUCGUCUACUUAUUUAUCGGCCGCUUUAUCAUCUCGUACAUAGCCACCGAAACUGUCUCGAUCGCAGCAGUACGAGUGACUCGGACUAUCCGCAGGACCUUUUUGGCUACUCUGUUGCGACAAGAGGUCGAGAGGUUCGAUAAUGAUAUGGCCAACGGAUCCCCUUCCUCUCAAGUAACGACGAAUGGAAUUCGAAUCAACCAAGGUAUCGCAGAGAAGCUGGCGAUAUUGGUGCAGGCCAUCUCUAUGUUUUUUUCUGCUUUCAUUGUGGCCCUCGUUGUCCAAUGGAAGCUCGCCCUCAUCACUGCCUGCAUUAUCCCUGCCAUCGUAAUAGUUGCCAUCGUCAGCAUCACCAUCGAUAUUGGCUUCGAAAUUCGAAUUGUGCGAAUACAUUCGCAGGCCGCAGUCUUGGCCCAGCAGGUCCUAAGUUCGGUCAAAACCGUGCAUGCCUUUUGGGCCCAAGAGAAAUUGAUCAAACAGUACGAUCAGUUUCUUAUAGACGCGAGGAAGUUGAGCAACAAGAAGUCUCCCAACAUUGGCUUAGCCAACGCAGUGUUCUAUUUUUCCAUGUACGGCGGCACUGCUCUCGCCUUCUGGCAAGGGUUUCGUAUGUUUGCGAGUGGGGAGAUUGGCAACGUCGGUACAGUUCUCACUGUUAUACUCUCUAUAAACAUCGGGGCCUCCUCCAUGUCCGUGGUUGCACCGCAGCUCGGUGUUAUUACCAACGCUUCAGCCGCCGCCGCCGAACUCUUCGAGACCAUUGACAGAGAGUCCAAAGUAGACCCUCUCUCGGAAGAAGGCGAAUGCCCUUCCACAUGCGAGGGUAAUCUUGAAGUUCGAAAUUUGGCCUUCGCAUACCCCUCACGACCGUCAGCUCCGGCUCUACGUGGCUUGAAUCUUUCUAUACCUGCAGGAAAAACCACAGCCUUGGUUGGUGCCAGCGGAUGCGGGAAAUCCACUAUUGUCGGUUUGCUUGAACGUUGGUACUUGCCAGACUCUGGCGAGAUCCUGCUGGACAACCGCAAUAUUGCUGAUUAUAAUAUAAAGUGGCUCCGAAGUCAGAUUAGAAUCGUCCAGCAGGAGCCUAUACUAUUUCGUGGCACGGUAUUUGAGAAUAUCGCGAAAGGUCUUGUUGGAUCGCAGCUAGAACUGCCGCUGGAGCAAAAGAUGAAACUCGUACAAGACGCAUGCCGGUUAAGUAACGCGCAUGAUUUCAUUGAAAAACUUCCGCAGGGUUAUCAAACACAAGUGGGCGAGCGAGCUUCGAUGCUCAGCGGUGGCCAGAAACAGCGCUUGGUCAUUGCUCGUAGCGUGAUUUCUGACCCGCAGAUAUUGCUACUGGAUGAAGCAACUAGCGCCUUAGACCCCCGAUCUGAAGGCAUUGUACAAGAGGCCCUCAACAAAGUAUCGGUCAAUAAGACCACCCUCAUAAUUGCACACAAACUAUCCACAAUCCAGUCUGCAGAUAAUAUCGUCGUCAUCUCACACGGCGAAGUAGUGGAGCAGGGUACACAUAACGAACUGCUUGCCCUUAAUGGUCAGUACGCGGCUUUGGUUCAAGCCCAGGACCUCGGCGAUGUCGCUGAGGGCCCACUGGAUGGUGUCUUCGAAGGGAACGAUGACCAGGGGCAGAACGACAUGGCCUCCAAAUUACCAGAGAUUACUAUGUCCCGAUCUUCACUUGAUAUAUCUGAACCUGAUCACAACACAUCCCAUGCAAUCAAUUACUCCCUGUUCAAAUGUUUGUUUAUCAUGAUCCGAGAGCAGAAGGAUGUCUAUCAUUGGAUGGCAUUGUUGGUUUUUGCGUGUCUUAUUGCAGGUGGAUCGUACCCAGCCCAGGCAAUCAUUUAUUCUCGACUAAUAAAUGUAUUUGCAUUGCCCCCUCAGGCGGCCCAAGGCGACGCCAACUUUUUUGCUCUUAUGUUUUUUAUUUUUGCUUUAAUCAACAUGGGAGCAUAUCUGGUUAUUGGAUGGGUGGGAAAUGUGGUUGGACAGAAGAUCACCCACAGAUACCGACUUGAGAUGUUCCAACGCGUCUUGAAUCUCGACUUGGACUUCUUUGAUGAGCCAGAAAAUUCUUCAGGCUCCCUGACAUCCAAGCUGUCGUCUAUGCCGAACGCGAUCCAGGACUUGAUCGCGCAAGGUCAAUUUGUUCUACUUGUUUGCAUGACCAACAUCUUCGCUUCCUGCAUCCUAGCCAUCGCAUACGGCUGGAAGCUCGGCCUCGUCGUCGUCUUUGCCGGGAUGCCGGUUCUGCGAGACACGAGCGAGCGGUUCACCGAAAGCGCUGCUCUUGCGACAGAGGCCGUGACAUCCAUUCGAACGUUGGCAUCACUAACCCUCGAAAAACAAAUUUGCAGCGAAUAUGACGCAUCGCUAGAUCAUAUUGCCAAAUCCGCGCUGAAAACCAUCACUUGGGCUUCACUGGGAUAUGCCUUGUCCCAGUCACUUGACUAUCUGCUCAUGGCUCUUGGAUUCUGGUAUGGCUCCCGGUUGAUCGCGAGUGGGGAAUACUCGAAUACGCAGUUCUUCGUGGUUUUUCUUUCGGUGUUGUUUGGAGGACAGGCUGCUGGGCAGAUCUUUGCGCUUUUAGCUACCCUGGCAACAGCCCAUGUGGCUGCCAACUAUGUCCUGUGGUUACGCACGCUGAAGGCGAGUAUCAGCGAAAAUGGAGACAACUUUGACACCGGACCACCAGGGAACGGAGACCUUCAAGUGAAGGAUGUGAUGUUUCGAUACAAGCGGCGGGAAGCCUCCCCUGUCCUCAAUGGCAUAAAUAUGACAAUUACCCCCGGGUCGUAUACCGCAUGUGUUGGGGCGUCAGGAUGCGGGAAAAGCACCCUUAUCGCACUCCUUGAGCGCUUCUACGAUCCCACAUCUGGGUGCAUCACUAUGGGGGACGUGAAUAUUACCACAUUAUCCCCUCGCCUUUAUCGAGCUAGCAUGUCGCUCGUACAGCAGCACCCUACUCUUUACAAUGGAUCUAUUCGCGACAAUAUUUUACUUGGCCUGCAGUACGAGCCCACGGACGAAGAGAUCCUCGACGCUUGCCGAGAGGCCGCUGCCUUUGACUUCAUCUCAUCCCUUCCCGAAGGCCUGAGCACGUCGUGCGGUUCUGAGGGUCUGCAGUUCUCAGGCGGGCAGCGCCAGCGCAUUGCGAUUGCCCGUUCAUUGAUCCGCAAGCCCCGUCUCCUGCUCCUCGACGAGGCAACAUCGGCCCUAGACACGCAGAGCGAGAAGUUGGUACAGAACGCACUCGACCGGGCUGCGUCCUGGCGGACCACGAUUGCCGUUGCACAUCGACUGAGCACCAUUCGUCAUGCAGACAUGAUCCUUGUGUUUUCCGAUGGCAAGAUCAUUGAGCGAGGGACUCAUGACCAGCUGCAGCACUUGAAGGGCCAAUACUAUGAAAUGUGUCUGGCCCAAUCAUUUGGAGACCGCCUUUCCUAAGGAUGAGACGGGGACUACUCUCGCGGGUUAUUAUCUUUAGUUAUUACAGACUGCGGUUGUGUAGGAG